AAUUAGCACCGGUGCAUGCAGCAGCUGUUUGUCUGCUUGCUCAUGAAUUGAAGUGUGAAGUGUUUUGGUGACGUUUGUUUACGCAAUGGUGGAUUUCAUUCCUUAUCAUCAAAUUUUCAAUUCUAAUAAAAAUUAUCUAAAAAAAUAAUGUCAUUAUGACAAGAACAUUAUCAUUCAACUACUGUUUCGUUGAUCAAAUUAAUUAUUCUAAACCUAGUUUUUACUGUGAAAACUACUUCGAAGGUGUCUUUAGGUUAAGUGAGUGAUGGAUAGUCAAUAAAUUGAUUCAACGCCACUUGAUGUGGCUGAAAUAAAACAAUGAUACGUUCUACGUUAAAAGCCAACCGUUCAAAAUUACUUUUUGUAGGAAUUUGUGCAAUUAUUUUUAUUGUUUAUAAGUCUUUGUUUAGUACAGACAGUAGUGUUUCGAAGAAUGAGAUAGCCGAUGACGCAUCUCUGAAUUUGAAAGAAGAUAGCCUGGUACAUACAUUCAGCCAAAAGAAAACAAAAGCCAAACCAGUGACAAUAAGUGUAUUCUACGAAUGUUUGUGUCCUGAUUCACGCAGUUUCUUCCUGCACCACCUUCUGCCUUCAUAUGAGAGAGCGCCGCAUUUAAUUGACUUGGAUUUCGUUCCAUAUGGCAAGGCUAAGACUUACAUCGAGGAUGGCCAAUACAAGUUCUCCUGUCAGCAUGGCUCCGUGGAGUGUUAUGGGAACAAAGUUCACGCAUGCAGCAUUGCCAAAGUGUACGAUCAAACCACGUUGCUCGCGUUGCUAUCCUGUAUGAUCAAUGACAAUAUGAGCCCUGAAGAAAGAGGAAUGCAGUGUUGUAGGGACCAUGGUGUUGACUGGAAACCGAUACAGGAAUGUGCUGCUGGCUCCGAAGGGGAUCUAUUGCUCAAAGAGCAUGGAGAAUCGACUGACAUUCUAAGGCCGCCUGUUUCAUUCAUUCCAACAAUCCUAUUGAAUAAGAGCCAACGUGAUCAACGUUCAAUACUUAAAAAUCUAUGGAAGGAACUUUGCAAAUUAUUUCCACAAGAAUCGAUUCCCGAUGAGUGCCUCGCUUGAAUUUUUAGACAUUUUUAUGAAGACUUGGAAUCAAUGUAAAAGGAGUAACAAAUGUGCUUAAUGAAGUAAUAUUAUUGUAAUUAUCUCAGUAUUAUAAUCGACUGUUUUCAAAAGAAUCUAAUGCAAGCUUAAAACUUGAAAUGCUUGACAUUGAUAAUUUCUUGUAGAUUUGAGUUUGAUUCGGUUUAAUUAAACGAUGAUUUUAACUUUCAUGUCUAUAAAAACUGUUGAAAGCUGGUAUUGAUCAAAAUUUGCAUGGUAUCAAAAGUGAUGAUUAUAAUAAUUUUGUUGUAACAACAUGACGUAGAAGUAAUUUGAAAAAAAACCAAUCAUUGCUACUUGAGAGGUGAUGACAUUUAAACCUUCUUGUUCAUAGAUCUCAAGCUGUGAUUCAUUUUGUUUAAGAUAGCAAUUUUCACUAGCAGGUUGUAAAAAAUAUAUAGCUUCUUGAAAUAAAGUUUUUAUGAUGAAACUGUUCACUUUAAUUCCAUCAUAUUCACGUACUACAUUCCACAUACUACAGUAGUUAUUCAAAUCAAAACAACUGUCGUGUUACAAAUUGAUUCAACUAUAGCUAAUUGAAAAAAUGCAUUGAAAUUAAGUUAUAUUUAUCAUUUUAAAAAAACGAGAAACUUGUUUUGGUAGUUGAAACAUUAUCGAUUUUUAUCAAACUCACUGGUCAUUCUAGUAAAUUCUCUGGUCAAUUAAUUGUAAUCUUCAAUUCACUCAAUUGAUAUUUGUGUAACAACUUACAACUAAAACUAAUUUGUCACUUUUUUGAAUAGAUUGAUUAUUGAUUGGUUAAGACGAUUUCAAGUGGAAUAUGAAUAUCAAUCAGAAUAACACCUCCACUACUAUAUAGAAAAUUUUAAUAGAACUUCUGUAAACACACAAACUGUAUUUUCACAGUUAAACAAAAAUGCUUUAAACAAAAAUGAAGUAUUCUUGAAUAUUUUAGUAUUUUGAGAUGAUUGGUGGUUCUCUUGCAUUACUAAUAAUUUCUUGGACAAGUUCUAAAACUGUUUUUGCUGAAAAAUGGUAAGAGGCUGAUUGAAGAUUAGUUUUAGCCAUUACAAAAUUUCGUUUAUUUUGAACAAUAACAAUUUACGACGAUAAUGUGAGUAUGCUAUGCUAAAUCAUAGAAACUGAAUAUUUUACACAAUAGGCGAUCUUAAAAUCAUUGCAAGAAAUUAUUGGCAAGCAUGAUGCAAAUUUAUUGAAUAAACGAGUUUGAUUACAUUAUUUGGUGUUUCGAAAAAUACACUUUUUUAUAGCCGGAUUGAGAGAGACAUUAUAAUUAUUGAUAAUAUUUCACUUAGUUGGCAACAUUUUUCCAAUUAGUGUUUGACACAAAUGAUUUUAUAAAAUAGAACAUAAUAUGAUUCCUAAUAUAUUGGAAGAUCUUAUU